CCCGGCCUUCCCAUUCAUUAUCGAUCAUAUUUUAUAAAAUCCAACGCCACCACAAUUUUUUCCACAUUACCGGGAGCCUCCGGGAGGCCGGGAGAUCAUUGGCCGAGGGCGGAUCACGUGGGCCGGGGUCACGUGGCCCAAAGAGGAAAAAGGGGGUCCUUUUUGGUGUAAAUCUGGACUCUAAUUCUGUAAUAUAUCAAGGAAUCUCGUAAAACCGACACUAAAACGUCCCCGACUACAAAUCAUCCGGCCAAAUUAUGAGUUCAUUGUAUUAUGCGAAUGCUUUAUUUUCUAAAUAUCCAGCCGCAAGUUCGGUUUUCGCUCCAGGAGCCUUCCCCGAACAAACUUCUUGCGCCUUUGCCUCCAACCCCCAGCGCCCGGGCUAUGCAGCGGGUCCCGGCGCCCCGUUCUCCGCCUCCGUGCAGGGCCUGUACCCCGGCGGGGGGGGCAUGGCUGGCCAGAGCUCGGCCGGCGUCUACGCGGCCGGCUACGGGCUCGAACCGGGUUCCUUCAACAUGCACUGCGCGCCCUUUGAGCAGAACCUCUCCGGGGUGUGUCCCGGCGACCCCGCCAAGGCGCCUGGCGCCAAGGAGCCGAGGGACUUGGCGGCCGAGAGUAACUUCCGGAUCUACCCCUGGAUGCGGAGCUCAGGGACUGACCGAAAGCGGGGCCGCCAGACCUACACGCGUUACCAGACCCUGGAGCUGGAGAAAGAGUUUCACUACAACCGCUACCUGACCCGCCGGCGGCGCAUCGAGAUCGCGCACGCGCUCUGCCUCACUGAAAGACAGAUCAAAAUCUGGUUUCAGAACCGGCGCAUGAAGUGGAAAAAGGAGAACAAAACCUCAGGCUCCGGGGUCACUGGUCAGGACAAGGCAGAAGCAGAGGAGGAGGAGGAGGAGGAGGAAGAGUGAGGGACAGAGAGAGCAAAGAGUAGGGGAGAGAGAGAAGAGAAGGAGAACCCAGUUCUGGGAACUGAAGCAAGAAACUCAAAGAAGAAGGGGGGAAACUAUUUAAAUGGAGCAGUUAAAAAAAAAAAAAAGCGAGAUAGAAGGGUGAAAUUUGGGUUUCUCGAUGCUGUAAAAAAAAAAAGUUAUACUACCUAUGGGAAAGUGUGUUGUCUGUUUUUGUACAGUUUGGGAAGGACCUCAUCUACCUGCCCUGUAGCUCUCGGGAACGUGCCUCCUUCUUCUAUGUCGGUAGUAAGGUCUUUGUACAAAUCUUGCUGUUUUGUAAGCCUCCUCUGAAGCUGUCUUUGUGAAGUGUGGUUCCGGGUUAAUGUGUGGUUCCUCGCCUCCCCCAUACUUCCCAACAGCAGCACUAUGAGGGCCUCAGGGAGCCCCAAGGACCCACGAGCUUCUGCCUCUGACGCACUCAGCUGCUGAUCCUGGCUCCUACCCGCGAGCCUCUUUCUGUAUAUCUGAAGGAUGGAAAAAUAAAACAGAGUUAAAAAAAAAUCAA